AUGGCUACCCCUAGUGUCCUAGCUUUCGACGCAGAGGGUCGCGCCAUUGAUUUUGAGGUCUGGUUAGACGACCUGCAGCUGUUCUUACAGUGCGACACGGCUGACGACCUUUCUCUCUUUGACCUCACCUCUGGCGCCUCUCCUGCUCCUGCUGCUGAUGCUGAUCCCUCUGUCCGCUCUCAGUGGGCCACCCGCGAUGCUGCUGCACGUCUUGCUGUGCGUCGCCACCUCCCUACCUCUGAGCGUGCGCACUUUAGCCAGUACAAGAGUGCUCAGACCUUGUACGACGCUGUAGUUGCGCGCUACUCCUCCCCUGCCAUUGCUGCACUGAGCCGUCUCAUGCUUCCCUACCUCUUUCCUGACCUCUCUGCCUUUCCCACUGUUGCUGACCUCAUUACGCACCUCCGCACUAGUGACACUCGCUACCGCGCUGCCCUUCCUGCUGAGUUCUGCGCUAAGAACCCCCCCCCCAUGUACAUCGCUCUCUACUACGUAGUUGCGCGCCUCCCUGACUCCCUUCGCGUCGUCAGGGACCACUUUCUCGCUGUCUGUCCCACCACCCUCACCGUCGACCUCCCCGAGAAGGCCCUCCUCGCAGCGGAGAAGAGCAUAGUCGCUGUCGGCGCGGCGUCUACCCCUAGUGGGAGACGUCGCUCUAGCAAGGGCAAGGGGGGCAAGGGCGCGGGUGGAGCUGGAGGGGGCAGUGGCGGUGGCGGCGGUGGCGGCGGAGGGAGUGGGGGUGGUGGCGGGACUAGUGGCGGGGGUGGUGGUGGUGGUGGUGGCAGCAGCGGCGGAGACGGUGGUGGUGGUGCCAGCGGUGGUGGUGGUGGCAGCGGCGGAGGUGGAGGCGGCGGAGGUGGAGGCGGUGGAGGCGGCAGCGGAGGAGGCGGUGGUGGUGGAGGAGGUGGAGCUGGUCGGGGUGGUACCCAGCAGCGUGGCGGCGGUGGUGGUGGCCAGCGCUCGCAGCGGCAGCAGCAGCAGCGCUCGCGGGACAUCCCUCCGCCUCAGCAGCUUCGUGAGUGGUACGCUGGGCGUCAGAGGGGUGGGGGUACUGGUCCCUGCACCUACGUUCUUCGUUCCGGCGACCGCGCGGGUGAGCAGUGUGGGGGUGCCCACGCCACCCAGCGCUGCUUUGGCCGCCUGACGGACGCUUGGCGUCGGCAGUUCCCUGGGGCUAGUGAGAUCCCUCGCUGGGAUGAGCUUCUUAGGGCUGGUGUAGCGAUCUUUGAUCUUGAUUUUGAUGCUAUCCUUGCUGCUAUGUAUGCUGUGGAUUAUAGUGAGGAGAAUGAGGGUUACCGGUGUUUCCAGCCCGACCCGGGCAUUGGUGCUGCUGCGCUAGGUGCUUGUGAGGCUGCUGCUCUAGGUGCCAGUGCGUCUGUGCUCUCAGGUACUGGUGAGACUGCGCUCUCAGCGGACCUGCAGGAUGUGGGGGUUCACCAGUUGACUCCUGCGAGUCAGCGGGUGACCCACUGCACGGAGGCACGCACGGGCCGCCACCUGGCCACGUUCUCGCGUCGGCCUGGGUCGAGUCUCUACACCCUGACAGUUGAGUCUCCUCCUGUCCCUGCGUCUGGUCAGGUGGCUGCGUCAGGUCAGGUGCUUGCUGCUGCGUCCCGGUCAGGUCCUGAGUCUGCCCCCUGUUCUUGUCGCCUCCUGUCUCACGAGACUCUCCUCUGGCACCACCGUCUUGGCCACCCCUCCUUGCCCCGUCUUCGGAGCAUGGCUUCCCGUGUCCCUGUCUCUGGUCUUCCCCAGUCUCUCCCUCCUCUCCCCUCCGGGCCAGGACCUUCCUGUGUCCCCUGUGUCGAGGGUCGCCUCCGGGCUACUCCUCACUCCUCCCACUUCCCCCCGACAGAGGCUCCCCUGCAGACGCUUCACAUGGAUGUGUGGGGCCCAGCUCCCGUCCGUGGGCAGGGUUACGAGCGCUACUUCCUGUUGGUGGUUGACGACUACUCGCGUUACACCACAGUCCUCCCCUUGCGCAGCAAGGGUGCGGUCACUGAGGUGCUGAUCGACUGGAUCCGCGAGGCUCGUCUCCAGCUCAGGAAGAGCUUCGGCUCGGACUUUCCUGUUCUGCGUCUGCACUCGGACAGAGGCGGAGAGUUCUCUACUCGCCUUCUGCGGGACUACUGUCGUGCACGGGGGAUUCGCCAGACCUUCACGCUUCCGGACUCACCACAGCAAAAUGGGAUUGCUGAGCGCCGCAUUGGCAUGGUCAUGGAUGUCGCUCGUACGUCCAUGAUGCAUGCGGCUGCCCCCCAUUUUCUGUGGCCGUUUGCGGUGAGGUACGCGGCGCAUCAGCUCAACCUUCACCCCCGGGUCUCUCGGCCUGCGAUGUCCCCAGCCUUGCUGUGGACGGGGAAGGUUGGCGAUGCGUCUGUGUUCCGUGUCUGGGGAUCUCGGGCGUUUGUCCGCGACUUGUCUGCGGACAAGCUGUCCCCUCGUGCUGCUCCCUGUGUCUUCCUUGGCUUCCCCACUGACGCCCCAGGAUGGCAGUUUUACCACCCCUCCUCUCGUCGUGUUCUGUCCUCCCAGGACGUCACGUUCGACGAGUCGGUCCCCUUCUACCGUCUCUUCCCCUACCGCACUCCUUCCCUCCCCCCUCCCCCGGACUUCCUUGUGCCGGUUCCCCCCCCGGUAGACCCCCUCCCCCCUCACGUUCCUGCCCCCUCAGGUGUGUCCCAGGUAGACGCCGUUGACCCGGUCGAGGUUACUGGUGACUCUGGUGCUGCUGCGGGUGCUGAGCCUGGGGGUGCUGACUCUGGGGGUGCUGUGCGCGGGGGUGCUGAGCCUGGGGGUACUACUGCUGGGGGUGCUGGGCCUGAGGGUGCUACUGCGGAGAUUGCGGAGCCUGGGGGUGCUGAGCCUGGGGGUGCUGUGCCUGGAGGUGCUGGGUCUGGGGGUGCUGAGUCGGGAGCUGCUGAGCCUGGGGGUGCUGAGCUGAGAGCUGCUGAGCCUGGGGGUGCUGCGUCUGGAGCUGCUAAGCCUGGGGGUGCUGCGUCUGGAGCUGCUGAGCCUGGGGUUUCUCCUGCUGCUGCGUCUCGCCGGGAGCCCCUCUCUCCACAGGAGCUGCGCGAGUGGUUCGCUCGCCGCUGGAGGCGUGCUGCUGAGCCUGGAGGUGCUGCUGGAGCUGGAGCUGGAGCUUCUUCGUCCGUCGAGGGUGCGGGUGCUGCUGGUCCCGGAGCUGCUGGACCUGCGGGUCCUCCUGGAGCUGGAGCUGCUGAGGGCGUUGGUGCUGAGCCUCCUGCUGUUGGUCCUGCCACUGGAGGUGUGGGUGGCGCUGGUACUGUCGCUGAGGGUGCUGGUGCUGUCCCUGCUGAGUCUGGAGCUGCCGCGCGGCCUCGGCCGUACUUCGUUCCGCUCCUGCAGCAGGUUCUUGGUCUUUCUCAUCUAGUAGAGGGUCCACCGCCUGUCCAGUCACAGUCCCAGCUGGAGCCUUCCUCUCCACUGCCUGCUCCCUCUCCUUACACUGGUCCUACUGGAGGUCUUGCUGAGCGUCGUGAGCCUGCGUCUCGUCCCGCGUCGCCUGUUCGUGCUGCUCGCGCUAGUGGUCGCAGUUCGCGUCAGCGUCCUCCUCCUGUCCCUGGCACGCACCGGAUGUCUUUGCGUCCGUCCACUGCUCCUCUGCGUGCCCCUUUGCCUUCUCCUCCUGAGUCCUCUCUUCCUGCGCUUGCCGACCCUGAGUCGGACUCUCUUCGUGCUGCCAGUCCUUCUGUCACGCGUCUGCUUGCUACUGUCGUCACUGACCCCUCUUUUGAGUCCACUGCUGCGUCUGCUCUUGUCGCUGAGCUCGUCGACUUUGCUGCUCGCUGUCGUCUCGACUACGCUGCUAGUCUUUUUGCUGAGUCUGCGUCUGUCUGUCCUCCGUCCGUCGGGGGUGAGUGUGCUCUUGGCACGGACGUCCUAGAGGACAGGCAGGAGGAGUUACAGUGUCUAGCGGCUGCUUCACCUCAUCUCCCAUCUGUACUGCUUGCCCCUGAGGGAGACCCGGAUGCACUAGACAUCCCGACUCCGCGUUCUUACGCGGAGGCCGUAGAGGGUCCCUACUCCUCUCAGUGGCAGGCAGCUAUGGAUGCAGAGAUGGCUUCCUGGAAGUCCACAGGCACCUACAUUGACGCUGUUCCCCCUCCUGGGGCGAACAUCGUCAGUGGCAUGUGGAUCUUCAGGGUGAAGCGGCCGCCGGGCUCUCCACCUGUCUUCAAGGCACGGUACGUUGCUCGUGGCUUCAGUCAGCGGCAGGGAGUUGACUACUUUCAGACCUUCUCUCCCACCCCGAAGAUGACUACUCUUCGGGUGCUGCUGCACAUAGCCGCUCAGCGCGACUACGAGCUUCACUCUCUCGACUUCAGCACUGCGUUCUUGCAGGUGGAGCCUCGACGACCAGUCUACGGUCUCCGCCAGGCACCGCGUGAGUGGCACGACACAGUGAGGACUACGCUUGCGGCUCUUGGGUUUGCUCCUUCUACUGCUGACCCGUCGCUGUUUCUUCGCACCGACACUUCCCUGCCGCCGUUUUACAUCCUCGUGUACGUCGACGACUUGGUCUUUGCCACAGCGGACACUGCUGGACUCGCCUACGUGAAGUCCGAGCUGCUGAAGAGACACACGUGCACAGACCUGGGUGAACUGCGCAGCUACCUUGGCUUGCAGAUCACUCGGGACAGAGCACGCCGCACCAUUACCUUGACUCAGUCACACAUGGUGCAGCAGGUCCUUCAGCGCUUCGGCUUCACGUACUCCUCGCCUCAGGCCACUCCUCUGCCUACUCGCCACUCACUCUCAGCUCUGCCUUCGGAUGAGUCCGUAGAGUCGAGUGGUCCGUAUGCAGAGCUUGUUGGCUGCCUCAUGUACCUGAUGACCUGCACACGACCUGACCUUGCAUACCCUCUGAGUAUUCUUGCACGCUAUGUUGCUCCUGGGAGACACAGACCGGAGCACAUGGCUGCAGCGAAGAGGGUAUUGCGCUACCUGUGCAGUACGUCGGGCAUGGGGCUAGUGCUUGGAGGGCGGAGUCCAGUGGUCCUUACCGGCCAUGCGGACGCUUCUUGGGCUGACGACCAGGCUACGCAGCGGUCGUCACAGGGUUACACCUUCAGCCUUGGUUCCGGCUCUGUCUCGUGGCGGUCUACUCGCUCGUCUUCGGUUCUCGGCUCCAGUUGUGAGGCUGAGAUCUACGCCGGGGCCAUGGCUGCACAGGAGCUUCGCUGGCUCACCUACCUGCUGACUGACCUUGGAGAGCCGCCUCGUUCUCCUCCAGUGCUGUACGUAGACAACAAGGCCAUGCUGGCCUUGUGUCGAGAGCAGCGCUUGGAGCACAGAACGAAGCACAUUGCUCUCCGCUACUUCCUUGCUCGUGAGCUGCAGCAGCGUGGUCAGUUGCGACUUGCGUACGUGGCCUUUGAGGCCAACACAGCUGAUGUGUUCACCAAGGCACUCGCGCCUUGUGACCAUCAGCGCUUUUGCACCCAGCUGGGUCUUGUACCUGUCUUGCCUCACUUGCUCUCCUCUUGA